AUGGAAACGGACAAUCAUCUACUUCCCUGGUGGCUCUAUUGGCCAUGCGUGUAUUCAUCCAUCAUAGCUACAAUCAUCUCACUUUACACUAUAGUACGGCAUCUGCUAAACUAUCGCAAACCGUACGAACAAAGAUUAUCAAUACGAAUACUACUCCUGGUACCCAUAUUCAGCGUGUCAUGCGCAAGCGGAAUAAUCAAGCCCGGAAUAGCUCAGUUUUAUGUGGACCCUAUUAGAGAGUUUUAUGAAGCAUUUGUCAUUUACACAUUCUUUACCUUUCUAACGCUAUUAUUGGGCGGUGAGAGAAACAUUAUAACGGUUCUAAGCUUAAAUCACGCCCCCACAAGACAUCCAAUACCGUUAUUGGGUAGAAUCUGCAAACCAAUAGACUUAUCUGAUCCAUUUGAUUUUCUUUUCGUCAAGAAGGGUAUAUUACAGUACGUUUGGUUCAAACCAUUUUAUUGUUUCGGAUUAUUGAUAUGUAGUGCAUGGAAACUGCCCAAAUUUGAAAUUUUCUUGAACGUUUUCUAUAACAUUUCAGUAACGUGGUCACUCUAUAGUUUAGCAUUAUUUUGGAAGUGUCUCUAUCCGGAGUUAGCCCCAUAUAGACCGUGGGUGAAGUUCCUAUGCGUUAAAUUGAUCAUUUUUGCCUCUUACUGGCAAAGCAUAAUAAUUCAGUGUCUGGUUGUUACUGGCAAAGUGGGAACGGGAAACCAAGAUCGAAUAUCUGGAUAUAUAUAUAAAAAUGGGCUCUUGUGCAUAGAGAUGGUCCCUUUUGCUAUUUUACACGCAGUGGCUUUCCCCUGGAAUAAAUAUACUGCAAUUAGUAUACCUUGUGGUGCCAGGAUGAAAUUCUUUUACGCGUUAAGGGAUUGUCUUGGUUGUGGUGAUCUCGUAUGGGAUUUUAAACAAACUUUGUUCGCUGGACCUUUAUAUUACAAUUAUAAGAAUUUUGAUCCUGAAGCCACGGAUCUAUUAAGCACUAGACAGCAGUCCGCUGCUACCAUGGAACGACUAAAACAUGGCUUAAGGUUUACUGACAAUGGCCGAAACAGUUAUUGGGUCGAAUAUGGAAGUAUACAGAAUAAAAAUGUCUCGAACUCGAAAGAAGAACUAUGGGAAGAUGAUAUUGCUGGCCAGAGAUCUUUCCGUGAGGAUCCAAAUUAUCCAGUUGUUCACGAUUAUACGAUGGGUCAUCGGUAUAGUAGAAUAAUGAAUGAUUUAAGAAGAGAUGUUCAAAGUAGAUCGUCAAUGGCUUGUUAA